CUUUUAUUCCUAAAACACAUUUUUUCUACAUCUUAGAGAGGUAAAGGCAAUAUAAUCUCAUGGCGAUGUCGAUCUCCGGUAGUGUGCUUAAUGGUUUGGGUUCUUCGUUCUUGAUCAGCCGAGGCAAGAGAAGCGGUGUUGGCCUAGUAGCUACGAGGGUUGGGCGGAAGAAUGUGAUCAUUUCACCUAAGUUCAAGAAGUCGUGGGUUCCGACAGCCGUCAAAGGUGAUGGAAACUCAAAACUCGACCCCAAAUGGCUCGACGAUGCCUCACAGAAAGCAUCCGAGUGCGUGAAGGAUAAGGGAAGCGAAGUAGGACAUGUGUCUGCUCAAAAAGGACAAGAGGUUAAUGAUCAUAUAGAGAGAGCGAAGUACUAUAUGUUUGAGAAAGCUAGUGAAGCAAUCGACAAUGUGGCUGAAAUUGCUCAGUUUGCUUCGGAGUUUGUGACGGAGAAAGGCAAAGAGACGAAGAAAGAAACUGCUUCGAUGUCCGAGAAAGCCAAAGACUUCAUCGUUGAAAAAGCCGGAGAAGUUAUAGAUAUAGCCACGGAUGUUAGCAAGAAAACGGCUAAGUACGUCGGAGAAAAAGCAGCGGAGGUUAAAGAAGCUAUAAUGCCUCCAAAACCUUAAGUAUAUAUAUAUUUGAUGCAGCCCUAAACAAAUAAAGAUUAUUGAGGCAAUGUAGCAAAAGGAUGUAUUAUUAUGCGAGAUAAUGAAACUUUUAUAGUCAGAACUCUUAUAAAUUGAACUUGAUAUA